AUGAACUUGUUCGGAAAAGCCAAGUCCAAGACAUCAGCCAAAGAUGCAAUCUACAAAUUACGAGAAACGUUAGACAUGCUCGAGAAACGACAGGCUUUCCUGGAGGCCAAGGCCAACAAUGAACUUAAAACAGCCAAGGUCAAUGCGACCAAAAAUCGACGAGUGGCACUACUAGCGUUGAAGAGGAAAAAGGCAUAUGAGACCAACAUCGAAAAGAUCAAUGGUGCCCGUAUGACGAUCGAGACACAGAUGAUGGCUAUCGAGAAUGCCAAUGUCAACCUGGAGACGAUGGGAGCCAUGCGAGCUGGUGCCGAGGCAAUGAAGAAUAUCCAUGGAUCAAUGGACAUUAAUAAGGUGGAUACAACGAUGGAUGAUAUCCGUGACCAAAUGGAUAUUGCCAAUGAAAUCUCGGACGCUAUCUCUAGACCGGUUGGCAUGGGCGAGGAAUUGGAUGAGGAUGAACUACUCAAUGAACUUGAGGAAUUGGAACAAGAGGAAUUGGAUGCAAAGAUGCUCGAUACUCCUGCACCGGCUGUUGUCACGCCCGAUGUCCCUGUACACAAGCCAUCCAAGGGAUCUGUAUCAGAGGAUGAAGAGGAGAAAGAACUCAAGGCUUUACAAGCUAGUAUGAGUAUGGCCAUGUAA